GGAGCUAAAAAAAUUUGUAUGAAAAAACCAAUUUCUUUAGCCAAACCGAUUUCAACCCGAUCCAAAUUGGUUUGAGUGAGUUAGGUUUUUCAACCCUAAUGUUGAUUCUCAACCCGAAUCGGUUUGAGCCAAACCAUUUUGAGUCCAAUCCAAAACAAACCGGUUUGGUUUAUAAAUCAAAACCGGUUUGUGCCCAAACCGAGACCAUUUAGCCCAUAAGACAUCGGAUAUCCGCAUAAUCUCGGCUCGGCCACUCCUCUCUGUCUUGGAGAAUCCAGUGAUUAGGUUUAGCCGCUUCAAGUUGCACCGCAUUCUGUAUUUGUGAUUUUGAGAGGAGAGAGCCAUGAAUGCACCAGAUCGUUACGAGCGAUUCGUUGUUCCGGAGGGCACAAAGAAGGUUUCCUAUGAAAGAGACACUAAGAUCAUAAAUGCAGCUUCUUUCACUAUCGAGAGAGAAGAUCACACUAUAGGAAACAUUGUUCGCAUGCAGUUGCACAGAGAUGGGAAUGUUCUGUUUGCUGGUUACAAGCUUCCUCACCCUCUUCAGUACAAAAUUAUUGUUCGUGUCCACACAACUAGCCAGUCUUCUCCAAUGCAGGCCUAUAAUCUGGCUAUCAAUGAUCUCGACAAAGAACUUGAUCAUCUCAAGGCUGUAUUUGAGGCUGAGGUGGCAAGGGUUUCUGGGGAGUACUGAUGAUUUUAAUUAGGCGUAGCGUAAUCUUAGAAUGUUUGAUCACAAAUUAUGAACUAUUUAAUUUCGGUAUGUUAUGUUGAUGUCGACUCCUGCAACCGAAGUCAUGUGUUUCUAUGAUCGAUUCUGUAAGUCAAAAACUUGGGUUUGAAUAGUUUGUGCUUAUAUGUGCUUUCAGUUAAAAGCUUAUCGUAAUUUUCGUAUUAUAGUUUA